AUGUCUCUUAUUUGCUCUUAUUAUACUCCAUACGCAGAUCAUGAACGUGUCAGCUGGGUUGUGAUGCAUAACCUCAAAGUUUGUUGUUCACAAGCUUUGUUUACAUUUUUCAUCCGACUUGUUUUCUUCAACAAUCUUGGGGGAAAACAUCGUGUAGGAGGUCUGCCCAGGAUGUCUUCCUCAUCCACGACUCACAGCACUUCCAGAUUCAAGAGAUACGCCGACAAAUACGAUCCGAUAGCCGUCGGAUCGAUUGAUGGCCAGGACGCCACUCCACACGACAAGGCACUCACGCGCGCCAUCGACAGCACCUACAGGCCCAACGCCAGAGUGCAGGGCAAUGCGCGCAACACGAUUUUCGUGGGGCGACUGUUCCGGGAGACUAACGAGGCGAAGCUGCGCAGCAAAUUCCAGCGCUUCGGGGAGAUUGUCAACUGCCGCGUGGUGCGUGAUCUGGUCACGGGAGCCUCCAGGAACUAUGCCUUCGUGGAGUUCCGCGAGCGCGGCGCCGCAAUCGACGCCUAUGACGCCAUGAACGGCGUGUCCGUGGACGGGGCGCGCUUACUGGUGGACUUCGAGUGGCAGCGCCGCAUGAGUGGCUGGAAACCGCGGCGCCUGGGCGGCGGCUUCGGGGGCAAGAAGGAGUCCGGGCAGCUGAGAUUCGGCUGCAGAGACAGGCCGUUCCAGCGACCGCGGAAUCUGCCGUUGGACUAUCGCGAGAUGUUCCGCCAGCAGAAGACGCAGAAGAGGUGAAAAGCGCCCUCGCAUUCCUGAAUGAAAGUGGCGAAGGCCAUUAUUAAAGUUUCCCCAUCAAUCUGACGCGUCGAGGGCGGCGAAAGUGCGUGGAAAGGGACGCAUUUCCCCCUGUGAGUCAUCAAUUCGUGGCCAGAAAGUGGAUUAAUUUGAAUUUUUUCCACUUAAGGGUGGCAUUUUUGAGGGAAAUUGAGGAAUUUAUCGCACAAUUGAGGAGAAAAUGAGUGUAUAAAGUACAAAAAAUAGGCAUUCUUAAGGUGAAUUAUAACGCGAAAUACUUCGAGAUCAGAAGAAAACAAUGGGAAAAGUUAAAAUCAAAGGGAGAGUGAAAGAAAUUUGGAUGGAAAGAAGCUAAAAGAGACUGAAUAGCGUCAAGAAUGUCUAACAACUCUAGCAAUGGCUUAAAGGAGAUUAAAGCUGCAUCUUUGGCAGGAUAUUUGCUUUCACGUUGCAGAGCUUAUUACUACACAACGUUCGUUACGUGUUCACGAAUAACCAAACGUGAUGAGCUAUGCUGAGUAUCACUGCAUCGCCUCGACGCCCCAAAAAGCGAAAGCCCUCGAAGCGGCCAAUUGAGUGUCGCUGGCAGAAGCGCCUUUGCUCGGCGUGCGUCAAAGAGGAGGAAAUAAUUUGCAAUCAAUCAUGCGAUGGCACAGAAGAAAUGGGAUUAUCGGUGCUGAAGAGCGCAAUCAAGAGACGCUCGUCGUCCAAUAAAACCCAUCGCCGAAAGGGUGCAAAAUGCAUCCCUUAAUUGUAUUCACGGGACAUUCUUCAGUGUCGCCAAGAGUGAUUGAAAGUGUUCUCGAAGGCGCGCUUGACUGAAUUUCGGGCCAAUUUUCAGACUUGAUUUAUGGCAAAAGGAUUUUUUAAUGUGAGCAUUUUCCUUUUCUCACUUCAACCCCAAUUUGCUUUUCAUUGUGUUUUCAGCUGUUCUCACAUAUUUGACUUACUAAUUUCUCUGUAUAUUCUCUAAGUAAAAUGGGAAAAUAUGUAUUUUGAUGUAGAAUAAAAGUUCAGCGUCUAAAA